UUUUUUUUGUAGAACCAAAAUGGCCGCCUCGUUGUUUUGAUGAAUAAUACUUUGUGUUUUGUUUCAUUCUUCUCCUUGAGCGUCGGGCAGUACGGGCUAGUUGUUUUUAAAUUAUACCUUAUUAGUUCAGCGUACUUGCACGGGCAAAAACUAUAGUAAUUUAUAUUAUACGUGGCUUAGGACUAUGCACUUCAUUUGAUUUUUUUUUGUUUUUAAAAGAGAGUUAGAGAGCGAUAUUAAAAAUUAAAAGGAAACCAAUGGAAGAGCUCAGUGCCGACGAGAUACGCAGACGGCGCCUUGCUCGGCUUGCUGGUGGCCAGACAUCUCAACCCAGCACACCUCUUAGCACUCCUUUGACGUCACCACAACGGGAAAAUCCACCUGGGCCGCCAUUGGCACCUGCAGUGACUCCACUGGCCCCCACACCAGGUCCUUCUCAUAAUUUUGGCCUAAAUGUUCAGAGCAUGACACCUGUUACCUCUCCUAUUGGAGCCUCAGGUGUUGCCUAUAGAAGCCAGAGUAGUGAGGGGGUAAGUUCCCUCAGCAGUUCUCCUUCUAACAGUUUGGAGACACAGUCCCAGACCCUGUCCAGAUCACAGAGCAUGGAUAUUGACAGUAUGACUUGUGAAAAAAGUAUGUCUCAGGUGGAUGUUGACUCAGGAAUUGAAAACAUGGAAGUUGAAGAUAGUGAUCGAAGGGAAAAGAGUCUUUCUGACAAGGAUUCUUCACCGUCAGAGGUUUCAGAGGAACAAGCUUUACACCUUAUAUGCAAGAUAUUUAGAGUUUCCUGGAAAGAGAGGGAUCGAGAUGUUAUUUUCCUGCCAUCACUUGCUGCUGAGUUUAGACAUAAUCCAAAAGAAGUUUACUGUGACUUUAAAGAUCUUAUAGGGCAGAUCCUAAUGGAGGUCCUCAUGAUGUCCACACAGUCAAGAGACAAUAACCCUUUCGCCAGUCUGACUGCAACGUCUCAGCCAAUUGCAGCACUUGCCAAAUCUCCAGAUAGACACUUGGUUCUUAAUCCUUUAUCAAGCCAAGGGUCAAGUCCAGUGUUUUCAAAUCCAGGCUUAAUUGGGGCUAGUUCUUUAUCAAGUCUGUAUGGGACUAGUCCAGUUCUGCCAUCUGUUAGUUCUUCAGUGGUGACAUCUCUUCCAUUACCACCACCGGCAUCACCACCAUUUCAGCUUUCCCACUCAUCUGCCUCUAGACCUACUUUGCUAUCCAGUCCAACUUCUUCUCGUUCCUUUCCUUGGGGUUCUUCAUCACCAAUGCCAAUUUCACCAAGAUAUCGACCCUACUCAGUCAGCUAUCCAUGGAGUACCACUUCCAGCCCAAGAUCAUCUUCUGCAACUAGUUCUGCUGCUGUGGCCUCCUCACCUGGACUGCACAUCUCACAGAAUUCCCAAGGCAUGGUAUCAAGUCCACAGACCUUUCCAGCAGUCUCUCACAGUCCACAGCAAGCUGGUGGUGUGCCCCCCUUGCUUAUUCCAGAGUCACCUAGUACAGCUGUUCAACAGUUACCUGUCUCAAACAGGAUACCUACUAGUAUUUACGACAGCUCCCUCUCCUUUCUCCUCUUUGCCCUGUCUGAUGUUUCUGAAGACAGCAGUGAUGAGGAGACAGAGGAAGAAGACUUUUCUAGGAUCCAGUUUGGGUCCAGCCUCAGUGUGACAGGAGGGAUUGCAGCAUCAGAGUCCAGCAGUGACCGUUUCACCAUUGAACCUUGUAAAGAGACUGAGAUGUUAAACUACCUCAUAGAGCGCUUUGAGAGUGUUGGAAUAGAGGAGAGGAAAGCGCCAAAGAUGUGCAGCCAGCCCUUUGUCAGCCAACUAAUGAGUAACAUUCGUUCCCAAUGUAUUUCUCAUGCUGCUUUGGUGUUACAGGGUGCACUUACACAGCCAAGAUCUCAACUACAGCAGUCUCUGCUGGUCCCAUACAUGCUAUGCCGGAAUCUGCCAUAUGGAUUUAUUCAAGAACUGAUACGAAUGACUCACCAAGAUGAGGAUUCUUUCAGACAGAUAUUUGUACCAAUACUUCAGGGUUUGGAACUGGCAGUCACAGAAUGUUCUUUUGACAGUGAUAAUUUCAAAUAUCCUUUAAUGGCAUUAGCAGAACUAUGUGAAAUCAAAUUUGGGAAGACACAUCCAGUUUGCAGUUUGAUUACAUCAUUGCCUCUCUGGUGUCCUGACUCUUUAAGCUCUGCUAGUGGACGAGAGUUGCAAAGACUAUCAUAUCUUGGAGCCUUUUUCAGCUUGUCUGUAUUUGCUGAAGAUGAUCCUAAAGUCGCAGACAAAUACUUCUCUGGCCCUGCCAUUACGUUGGAGAACACCAGAGUGGUUAGCCAGUCUCUGCAGCAUUAUCUGGAAUCUGCAAGGGGUGAUCUUUUUAAAAUCUUGCAUAAUAUUUUGCUCAAUGGUGACACCAGAGAGGCAGCGCUGAAUUACAUGGCUGCUAUAGUGAAUCGAAAUAUGAAAAAAGCCCAAAUGCAGACAGAUGAUAGACUUGUGUCAACAGAUGGGUUUAUGUUAAAUUUCUUGUGGGUCCUUCAGCAGUUGAGCAUGAAGAUUAAGCUGGAAACUGUCGACCCCUUUUACGUUUUCCAUCCCAGAUGCAGAUUAAGUGUGCCUCCUGAUGAAACACGUCUCAGAGCCACCAUGGAGGAACUAAAAAGUUGGUUGGCUGAGCUCCAUGAAGAUCCGUUAAAGUUCACCGAGCCAAAAUUCCCCACAGAGUGCUUUUUUCUAACAUUGCACACUCAUCAUUUGUCAAUACUCCCUGGCUGUCGUCGCUACAUUAGACGGUUAAGGGCCAUUAGGGACUUGAACAGGACUGUAGAAGACCUGAAAAACAGUGAGAACCAAUGGAAAGAUUCUCCCCUUGCGACAAGACACCGAGAAAUGUUAAAAAGGUGUAAAACUCAACUUAAGAAAUUAGUACGGUGCAAGGCCUGUGCAGAUGCUGGUUUGCUGGAUGAGAACCUUUUAAGAAGAUGUUUACAGUUUUAUGGCAUGGUUAUUCAGCUGAUACUACGUAUUAUUGAUUCUGCCUAUCCAAAUAUAACACUACCUUUACACCCUGAUAUUCCUAAAGUGUUUGCUGCUUUGCCUGAGUUUUACAUUGAAGAUGUUGCUGAAUUUCUUCUGUUUGUUGUACAGUAUUCCUCCCAGGUUCUAUAUGAGCCAUGCACUCAGGACAUUGUAACAUUCCUUAUUGUAUUUAUCUGCAGUCAAAAUUACAUUAGAAACCCCUAUCUUAUUGCCAAACUUGUUGAAGUUCUUUUUGUGACAAAUCCUGCUGUCCAGGCUCGAACACAACGUUUUUCGGAAAUGAUAGAAAAUCAUCCAUUGUCUGUCAAACAUCUUGUUCCUGCACUCAUGAAGUUUUAUACAGAUGUGGAACACACAGGAGCGACUAGUGAGUUCUAUGACAAAUUUACCAUCCGAUAUCAUAUCAGUACCAUUUUUAAAAGUCUGUGGCAAAACAUCGCUCACCAUGGUACUUUCAUGGAGGAGUUCAACUCUGGAAAGCAGUUUGUCCGCUAUAUCAAUAUGUUAAUAAAUGAUACCACCUUCUUACUGGAUGAAAGCUUGGAGUCUCUUAAAAGAAUCCACGAGAUCCAAGAGGAGAUGAAGAAUAAAGAACACUGGGACUUAUUACCAAGGGAGCAGCAGCAAAGUCGACAAUCUCAGCUGACUCAAGAUGAGCGUGUAUCACGUUCCUACCUUGCUCUAGCAACAGAAACAGUAGACAUGUUUCACAUCCUUACCAAGCAAGUUCAGAAACCUUUUCUUAGGCCUGAGCUUGGGCCACGUUUAGCGGCGAUGUUGAACUUCAAUUUGCAGCAACUAUGUGGUCCUAAAUGUCGAGACCUGAAAGUGGAAAACCCAGAAAAGUAUGGUUUUGAGCCAAAAAAGCUGCUGGAUCAGCUCACUGAUAUUUACCUACAGCUAGACUGUGCACGGUUUGCCAGGGCAAUUGCAGAUGAUCAGAGGUCAUAUAGCAGAGAGCUCUUUGAGGAAGUCAUCUCUAAAAUGAAGAAGGCUGGGAUAAAGUCAACAAUAGCAAUUGAAAAAUUCAAACUUCUGUCUGAAAAGGUUGAAGAGAUUGUAGCCAAGAAUUCUCAGUCAGAGAUUGAUUACAGUGAUGCCCCUGAUGAGUUUAAAGAUCCCUUAAUGGACACCUUGAUGACUGACCCAGUGAGGCUACCCUCUGGAAAUAUCAUGGAUCGCUCAGUCAUAUUAAGACAUUUGCUGAACUCCUCCACAGAUCCAUUUAACCGCCAGCCCCUUACUGAGAACAUGCUGGAGCCAAUUCCUGAGCUUAAAGAAAGAAUACAUGCAUGGAUGAGAGAAAAGCGACAGUGAGCUUCAAACUGUUGUCAGAUUAAGAACUGCUUGCCAUUGGAAGCCCAAGAAUAUCAGAUGAGGAUUUGUGAUACGAUAGGCUCAUGCCAUCCUAUAUUGUUUUUAGAUUUUUGCAGGGUUGUGUGGGGGGAGGGGGGAGGUUUUGGGGGUUUGGUUGGACUGAGGCCAUCAAGGUUUUUAGUACUUCAAGCGAUCAAGAAUAAAGUACGGACUUUGGAAAAUUGUUGUUUAUGAUUUUGUAUAUAUAUAAAUAUAUACACAGAUAUAUUUAAAAGUUUAAUAACAUGCAAAAGUUUGGGGUGUUAAUUUGGGACUGAAUGUUGUUAACUUUGUUCUGAGGUUUCCUUUUUCGUAGUCUCGUAGAGAUCUAAAUGCUGUAUAUACAGCAACGCAUUCAACUUCUUGAUAUAUUGCUGUAUUUUAAGAAAAGGUUAAUGGGCAGGAUCUCUGUCCCACCGGGUGCUGCCUCCACCCUGAAUAAAUGCUAGCCAGAAACCUUGUUCUCCAACUACACUACUGUAGUGUUACUUAAACCAAAGUGAACAAGACCACUAUAGUUGUCCUAGCUGAAGAAGAAAUUGGGCUGAAUGUAUGCAGUAUGCUGGUAUUGUAAACGAUUGGUCAGUGCCACAGCAUUUCUGUGUUUGGGAUAUUGCCACGUACUGAGGAUUUCCUUAAUUUCAGCAGCAUAAUCUCUGCAGUUUUUACUUUCAACUUCUUGAAGAUGUCUUGAGCUGGCUUUCUUUUUUCUUUUGUUUUAAUCUGUUUGCUUAAUGGUGAAGACAAAAGUACAGUAAUAAUUUUUAAAGUGAUGGUUGUUUGGUAGCUUCCCCUGGAGCUACCUUUGUCAUCUGUGAUCUGGCUGAAGUUUGGGUGUUAAAUCUUUCAGAAGCCAAUAUUUGUAUGGCCGCUUUUAAAGGUACACUCUCAGACGUGUUUUCACUGCUGCUGCUUCCUUUGCAUUGUGAGAAAUGCUUUGUCUCCAUGCAGCAGGACAGUCAUGGUUGUUUAGCUGUGAAAGUCCUACAAAUCAAGACACUGAAACUAUUAAUUAUCCCUUUUUGUUAGUUUUAUUUUUCUAUUUUAUUAAGGCUUUGAUCUUAAGCCUUGAAUGUUCUUGUUUACUAUAAGGAAGCUACAAACAAAAAAUGUAAUCUUAGUAUUUUAAGAGUACAAAUGUACUGUAUAAAGCUUGUCCUUCAGCACAGACUUUGUUCUGUGACACCAGAUUUUAAAUUCCAAUAAACAGUGAUGCUCAUUCAUAUACCAGAAA